ACGACGUCAUUCCAUCAGUGUGCGUUCGCGUUUGUUUACAGCACAAUCUCAAACAAAUUGUUUUCCCCAUUAGUUUAGUUUUCUUCUGUUUUAUAUAUUCUUUCACUUCUUGCAAGAAUGCGAACUGAAAUGAAAAUUCUGUUUUUUAUCAUAAGCAUUGGAUCGGCUCUUGCUAUCCGUUGCUAUCAGUGUUCCUCACAAACGGAUCCGAAGGGAAUCGACAACUGUGGUGCAUACAAAGCCUUUAACAAAACGCAAAACAUUGCUAUCGAAUGCAACAGUGACGAGUCGCACAUGCCCGGAUCCUUCUGCAUGAAAGUGGUACACCAGAGCCCGAGAGGAUUCAUCUGGGAUGGCCGAUGGAGACAAGUGAUUCGACAGUGCGCAUCCGUGUCGGAGACGGGUGUUACCGGUGUAUGCAACUGGGGUGUAUACGAAAAUGGUGUGUACUGGGAAGAAUGCUACUGCGUAGAGGAUGAAUGCAACAGUGCACCGCAGACAAAAACGACAUCAAUAGCCAUUUUGGGGCUUGCUGUGUUGCUGUUUGUUGCGAAAAUUCUGUCGUGAGCUUGAACUGUCCACAAAACAAUCCAUUCCGUUCAAGCAGCUUUUACAGCCAACGAACUAUUCCGUCCAUGUAAGAAUAUCAGGAAAUCGUGUAUCAUUUUUAUACAUACAAAUCAAUAAAUUUUACCACUUGACUAGUAGAA